AUGAGCCAAAUAACCAAAGUCGCACUAGCUGGUGCCACAGGAAACCUCGGUCCCGCCGUUCUCAAUGAACUCCUCGAAGCUGGAUUCGAAGUAACGGCCCUCGUUCGAGAGGGUGGUGCACGCAGCUUCCCGCUUCGUGCCCUCCAGGGGCAAGAUGCGGUAGUUGUGACGCUGGGAAGCGCGUCCUUUAGCAAGCAGCACAAUCUUAUCGAAGCCUCCGUCAAGGCGGGCGUCAAGCGCUUCAUCCUCCGAGUUCGCCUAAGCUACACACUCAUCAUCAAUGGCCCAUUCCUCGACUGGGGCCUUCGUUCCGGAUUCAUCUUCGACGUGAAGGGCAAAUCGGCCCAGCUGCUGGAUGGGGGUGACCGGACAUUCAGCGCCACCACCCUUUCAGGAGUGGGGAAGGCCAUCGCCGGGGUGCUCAAGAACCCCGAGGCAACCAAGAACCGGACCGUCUUCGUGCAGGAGGUGGAGACUACGCAAAAAGCCCUUCUUGAGAAGGCGAAGAAGGCAAUCGGUGCCGACGGUUGGACAGUAGAAGAGGUCCCCGUUGCGACUAUUGUCGCCGCUGCGACGGAGGAACUGAAGAAGCCAAACCCAAACCCCGGCGUCUGGGUUGUACCGUUCAUCAAGGCCGCCAUCUUUGGCGAGGGAUAUGAGUCCCACUAUAAGACGCUUGAUAACGACUUAUUGGGCGUGAAGCAACUUACUGAUGACGAGCUUCAGGCCGUGGUCGACGAUGUAGCCAAAGCUUAA